AUGAGGUCCCUGGUGAAGCUCGCCGUGGUUCUGCUCUGCGUCCAGAGGGGGGAGGGACGCUGGCUCAGGCGGCCCGUCGAUCAGGAACAGGAGACGGCACCUCCGAGCGGGGACAGGAGGGACAUCCAGACGCCGCCCGAUCCCGCCGCGGCCCGCCUCCGCCGCUCCGCCCCCCCGGACUCCCCGUGCGGCCUCCGCUCCGUCCUGCUGCAGGUCCGGGACCUCGGGUUGGGCUACGACUCGGACGAGACGGUGCUCUUCAAGUACUGCGGCGGGGCGUGUCCCCGCGUCCGCUCCAACCACGAGCUCACCCUCGCCAGCCUGCUGCUGAGCGGCGCGCUGCCGGCGCCGGGGGGGCCGUGGCACAACGCGCCGUGCUGCCGGCCCACCCACCACGAGGACAUGGCCUUCCUGGACAACUCGCACCGCUGGCACCGAGUGGAGAAGCUGUCGGCCGCCGGCUGCGGCUGCGUCGGCUAG